AAAAAAAGCAUAAUUAUUUCCACCAAUCACGACGGCCCCUGAGGUUAGGUUAGGUUAGAUUAGGUUGGGUUAGGUUUAGUUAGGUUUGCUUCAGUUUUUUAUGUGAUAUUCUUGGUUUCCGACCUCUUUUGCAAAACACAUCACUGGAUUUAAUGUUCCCCCUCCCAAAACCCCUGAUUUCCCACUGGUACCCCAAGAUUGUUGGGAAUGAGAGGUAGGCAUAAGUUGGAGUUCGUCAUAACUGUAAAAAUAUUAAUUUGUGACAAAUGACAUAUACCAUCAAUCAUUUCAUUACAUUUCUCACCUUAAAAACAAUAGCCACAUCACAGAUUCCACGGUUGGAUGAAACUGCAAAUUGACCGUCACCUCAUCCCGAAGAUAAUACUGGAGAAAGUUGUUAUAUCUUCUAUACACUUUCCCUCGCAAAUUACCCAUUUAGUAUUGAUGCUGAUAAAUAAGUUUUGUGCAGAACAUGAAAGUCCCUCCAUGAAAUUAGUAACAGGGAUAUUCCAGAAGCUGAAUCUGAGGACUGCUAAGGUUCCAGUGGUGAACAAGAUGGUGAUAGUGGCAUUUGUUCAUCCUGACCUGGGCAUUGGUGGGGCUGAGCGCCUGGUGGUAGAUGCUGCCCUGGCACUGCGCAGGAAGGGCCAUCAAGUGUACCUGUUUACUGCACAUCAUGAUCCAACUCACUGCUUCCCAGAGACCACUGAUGGCCAGCUAGAAGUAACCUGUGUUGGAGAUUGGCUGCCACGUUCCAUCUGUGGCCGCUUCAUGGCAUUGUGGGCAUAUUUACGCAUGGUGUACGUGGCACUCUACCUGGUGUUGGUUAGUGGUCUGGCCUUUGAUGUUGUGUUUGUGGACCAGGUAUCCGCCUGCAUCCCCUUUCUUAGGCUUCGGCGGCAGGCAAAAAUACUCUUUUAUUGUCAUUUCCCAGAUCAGCUGUUGACCCAGCGUAGCACUGUGCUUAAGAAGUUAUAUAGAUAUAUCCUUGACACUCUUGAGGAGUGCACCACCAGGCAAGCUGACUGUGUGUUGGUCAACAGCUAUUUCACUGCCUCAGUUUACCAUAAUACAUUUCCUUCAAUUGGAUCUAUACCCUCAGUUCUCUAUCCCUCAUUAGACUUUGAUAAAUUUGACAGGUAUUCCUCUCUUACCUUGCAUGAUGUUGGUCUAAAUAUUGACAGUACCUGUAUGUUUUUGUCUUUGAAUCGCUUUGAGCGCAAGAAGAAUUUAAAUCUUGCCCUAGAAUCCUUCAGUUUAUUAGUAAAGAAAGUUAGGAAGCAGCAUGCUUCUGCUUUACACCUGGUAUUGGCAGGCGGCUAUGACCAUCAUCUGCAAGAAAAUGUUGAGCAUUACUGUGAGUUAAUUAACACUGCCAGGAGUCUAGGCAUUAUGGACAAGAUUACUUUUCUGAAGUCUCCUGAAGACAGGGUUAAGGUAGCUCUACUAAGAGCAGCUAAGUGUCUCCUCUAUACUCCUGACAAGGAGCACUUUGGUAUUGUGCCAGUGGAAGCCAUGUAUUUGGGCACACCAGUCAUUGCUGUUAACAGUGGAGGGCCACGAGAGACUGUGGUGAGUGGAGAGACAGGUAUUCUCACUGACCAGGCUCCAGAAGCUUUUGCAGAAGCAAUGGAGACCUUUGUUACUGGUAAGAGUAACAGGGACACUAUGGGUACUGCUGCACGUAAUCGUGUGAUCAGUAAUUUUUCUUUUGUUAAAUUUUCUGAGCAUUUAAACUAUAUAAUACAGGGCCUAAUGGACGAAAGAAAACAAAAAUAGUAGAUAUUAUUUGUAAAAGUUCAUUCCAGAUACCAUUUCAGUGACUGACUUGGUAGAUUUGAACUAUAUUUUUUAACUAAAAUUGUAAUGAAAUGUCAAAAUAUUCCUGAAGACAUACUGAUAGAGGUGAACCAUUGGUACAUACCAGUUGUUAUGUUGUUUGCCAGCUUAAAGUAGGUUUUUUCACAUGUGACUGUUAUAUAUAUAUGUAUAUAUAUUUAUAUAUAUAAUAUAUCAUAAAACAGCAAA